GGUUUUGGUGUCGGCAAGCCGACAAUUACUACUAUAAUCUAAUCUGUGAAUCAUGACACACCCCUGCCUCAAGCUCCAUCUCUAUUACAACUUUAAACCUCAAAGCCUUCUUUUCACAACCUCAAACUCCACACUUUUGAGAUAACCAAGUUGAAAUUAUUAUGGUGUCCCAAAAGACAGCGGAAGCUUUGCAGCAGAUUGGAGGCUCGGAAGAAAAACAACAAGGCUAUAUUAACCUUUUAACAAAUGCCCAAUUUACAUCUACACCAGCAGAGUUACCCGAUGACUUAAUCGCAAUUUUCGAUGCCAUAUUCGUUGAUGCUAUAGGAAUAGUUGCAACACGAUCCGUUAUCAUAUCAUUUGUCGAUGCACUCAAAGCCAUCAAGAGCAAUGAGGCCAAAAUCAAAGUUGGCGAACAUGCUUUAUCGACUCUGGCUGAGCAAGCAUCCUCAUUCGAAGAACAAAAUGCCCAAAUCCGCGAAUUGAUGGCCACAGCAUACGAGGACGAUGAGGACAAUCUUGCAGCCGCGAAGAUAUUAGCUGGGAUCGUUAUCGAAUCAUCGCAGCGGAAAGUCACGAAUGAGGAGAAGGUCCGAUGUUGGAUUCGUAUCACGCGGAACUACCUCGAAGUGGAUGACACAACGCUGGCAGAGCAAUAUCUAAACAAAGCCAAGAACGUCAUAUAUACAGUCUCCGAUCGCGAUUUGAACCUCCACUUUCAACUCAGUCAAGCCCGUAUUCACGAUGCUAGGAGGAAUUUCUUAGCUGCUGCUCAGGGCUACCAGGAUAUCAGUUUCUUGCCAGUGAUCGCCGAAGAGGAGCGUUUGCACACUCUCAGUAUGGCCAUAAAAUGUGCUGUCCUGGCACCUGCAGGCCCUCUUCGAAGUCGUGCCUUGGGGAGAUUAUACAAGGAUGAACGAGCUGCCGGCUUAGAAGAGUUUAGUAUCUUAGAAAAGAUGUUUCUGGAUCGCCUGUUGUCCCCCGACGAAGUUUCUAAGUUUGCAGAAGGUCUAGCCCAACAUCAACUGGCAAAGACGCAAGACGGCACUACGGUAUUGCAAAGGGCUGUUGUGGAGCACAACUUGAGAGCAGCAUCGAGACUGUACAACAACAUUAGCUUCGAAGCCUUGGGGGAAAUAUUGAAUCUUGAUGCGGAUAAGGCCGAGGAGACUACCGCGAGCAUGAUUGAGCAAGGUCGAUUGCUUGGCAGAAUUGACCAAGUAGAGAGGGUUAUUUGGUUCGUGGGUGGGGAAGCUACUGGAGAGAUAGGCAGCGGUAGAGCUGAAGGAAUUGUUGGGAUAGAACUGAGAAGAUGGGAUGCUAAUGUUCAGGGCGUGGCCGAAGAAGUUGAGAAGGUCACUUCUGAGUUGCAGCUUGUUUACCCGGUAAGCAUAUGACAAGUCCCCCCCCACUAACUUUGCUAAUAUGUAUCAGGAGUUCGUCGCUGCGAGUAUGGUGGCAUAAAAUUAGGGACGAUGCGAGAUGAAUUAUACGAUACAACAUUGGCGUUAGGGGUGGUCACUGCAUACCAAAAGAGUAGUUCAGCGUGACGAGGUUCACCAUGGCAUUUAUGAUAUUAAUGAACAAUAGAUGAAUAUAAUUAUC